CAUCACUCUUCUCCUUCCCUUACAACUUCGUCACUCUCAAACCAUAGCCUACCCACCCACUUAUACUAGAAAGCCCAACAACGAUCUUCUCCCUCCUCUUCCACUUCCUCUUCCUCUCCCUCUCCCUCUCCCUCUUCAACUAUUUUCUAACCAAGGCCAUGAGAGCUGGUGGUUGCUCGAUCCACCAAUCCCUCACCCCGGAUGCUGCCGCCAUCGUCAAGCAAGCCAUAAACCUUGCCCGCCGGCGUGGCCAUGCUCAAGUCACUCCUCUCCAUGUGGCCAACACCAUGCUCUCCUCCUCCACCGGUCUCCUCCGCUCCGCCUGCCUUCAAUCCCACUCUCAUCCUCUCCAAUGCAAAGCACUUGAGCUGUGCUUCAACGUCGCCCUUAACCGCCUCCCUGCCGCCUCUUCCUCAUCCCCUCUGCUUCCCCCUCAACAACCCCCUUCCCUAUCCAACGCUCUCAUCGCCGCCUUCAAGCGCGCCCAAGCUCACCAACGCCGCGGCUCCAUCGAAAACCAGCAACAACCCCUCCUGUCUGUCAAGAUCGAGCUUGAACAACUCAUCAUCUCCAUCUUAGAUGACCCUAGUGUUAGUCGAGUCAUGCGUGAGGCUGGCUUUUCGAGUACUCAGGUCAAGUCUAAUGUCGAACAAGCCAUCUCAUCAGAACCUAACCCUAACUCAAACCCUAAACCUAAACGAACCACUCCUGAAAAGGCUGAUGAGGACAUAACAAGCUUGGUUGAAAGUCUCAUGAGCAGCAAGAAGAGAAGUAUAGUUGUGGUUGGGGAGUGUUUGGCUAAUACUGAAGGAGUUGUGAAGGGGUUAAUGGAAAGAGUUGAUAAAGGACAAGUCCCUGAGAUUCUCAGAAACUUGCAGUUCAUUAAUCUUCCACUGUUGUCCUUUAGUGGGAUGUCUAGAGGGGAGGUGGAGCAGAAGGUGAGCGAGUUAAAGUGCUUGUUGUUGAAGAACUGUUGUGUGGGGAAAGGAGCUGUGCUUUACUUGGAGGAUAUAAAGUGGAUUGCAGAGUUCAGAGCUAAUAGCUAUGAUGAGAGGGCAGGAUUUUAUUGUCCUGUGGAGCAUGUGAUUAUGGAGAUUGGGAGGUUGGUUUUAUCUGGUAUUAAUGGAGGUGAAGAUGGAGGUAUAAGAGGAGGAGGAGGAGGAGGAAGGUUUUGGUUAAUGGGAAUUUCAACUUAUCAGACUUACAUGAGGUGCAAGAUGGGAAAUCCUUCUUUAGAAAUUGUUUGGGGAUUGCAGCCUCUUACUAUUCCAGUUGGAAGCUUGGAGCUGAGCCUCAAUUGCGAUAAUUGUGAUGCACAAAGCCUGCACAAAAGCAGUGUAAGUGGAGCUUGGCCUGUUCUACAAGAAGAUACAGAGGGGAAUCAGCUCACUUGCUACACUAAUUUCCCCAUAAAGUUUGAGAAAGAUGCUCAAGCUUCGACUACCUCGACUUUACCUCCAUGGCUGCAACAUUAUAAAGAAAAGAGCAAGAAAGAUGCGAGAGAUCAGGAUUGUCUCAAUUCAAUCAACAGGCUACAAAACCUGACAUCGGAAAUUACUCUACAUUUCUCUUCAACUUCUCCAUCUAAUUCUUCUAUAUCUUCCUACAACAAGUACCAUAGCACAGGCGCCAUAAGCUUGAAUCAAAGUCAGCAUCCAUGGAAGCAAAAUCAAGUUUGGUCAUCAGAAGGAAUCAGUAGAGCGUUUCCUUUUACAAUUUUGAACAAUUCUUCUGCUAACCCUAACUUAACUUCUACGGCUAAUACCAUGGACAUGGAGAAUUGUUACAAGUUCAAAGAAGUAAAUGCUGAGAAUCUGAAGAUUCUGUGUAAUGCUUUGGAGAGAAAGGUGCCAUGGCAGAAGGCUAUAAUCCCUGAGAUAGCUAGCACUAUACUUCAGUGCAGAGCUGGUAUGAAGAGAAGGAAUAAAGAAGACACUUGGUUGUUCUUCCAAGGUGGCGAUAUAGGAGGCAAAGAGAAGAUUGCUAGGGAGAUUGCAAGCUUGGUCUUUGGUUAUCACACGAGCUUCGUUGCAUUAGGUCUCAGUUCCUCUUCAUCAACUAAAUCUGAUUCGACUGAUGAUGCAAGGAACAAGAGGUCUAGAUCAGAACGAAGCCAAGGUUUCCUUGAGAUGCUCGCUCAAGCUUUGAGAGAGAAUCCUCAUCGAGUCUUCUUGGUGGAAGAUAUAGAACAAGUGGAUUUUCACUCUCAAGUUGGUAUCAAAAAUGCUAUAGAGAAAGGCAGCUUUCAGAGCUUAGAAGGUGAGGAAGUAGCCGUUAAGGAUGCCAUUGUCAUAUUAAGUUGUGAAGCUUUUGAUUCAAGAUCAAGAGGUUGCUCUCCUCCUGUGAAGCAGAAAAUAGAGAGAGAAGAAGGAAAAGAUGAUCAGGAGCUGUGUGCGAAGGAAAACAAUUCAUAUAUUUGUUUGGAUUUGAAUCUUUGUGCUGCAGAUAAUGAAGCGGCUGAGUCUUUGUGGUAUGGUGGGGAGAGUGAGAAGCUCUUAGGUGCUGUUGAUAGAGCCUUCUUUUUUAAAAUGCCUGAGGAUCUGUAAUUCUUUUACAAAUUUCUGUUGUUUGAAUUCAUGGGUUAAGAACUGCUGAGAGUGUUGCUUCUUGUUUAUAUUUGCUUUUGUGAAUUUUCAAAUGAGAGAUAUAUAUAUUUUGCUAGCCACCGGACUUGAGAAAAUUCCAGGCUUUUGUAUUGGGAAAAGGAGGGGAAAAAAUCUACCAUUAAGUGAUAUCCUGAUGAAAUUUUUUUUUU